AUGACUGAAAGUUCUGCUACAUCAAAUUUUGAUAAUUAUAUUGUCGAAAUACAUGAUAAUCUUGAUCGUUUACGUGAAAUACCUGGUGUUGAUGAACAAUGUUCAGUACUUAUUGGUGAUCUUGCUCAAGCUUAUUCUGAGCAUCCAUCACCAAUGCAAACAGCAAUGUGUUUAUCAGCAUUAUUUUCUGGACAAAAAAAUAUUUUAACAUUUCUUCGACGUGCAAGUUCAAAAAUUGAAUUAAAAAAGACUAAAAUUGAAAUUUUACAAUUUUUAAAAUUUUUUGUUGAAACUGCAGCAAAUAAAAUUUUACCAUAUGCUGUUGAACUUAAAACAGUUCUAUUAAUUAUAUUUAAUGUUGAUAGUGCAUCGGAUGUACGAGCAGCUAUUUUUCCAAUUUUAUCACAAUUAAUGGAAUUAAGUGCUGGUUUUCCUGAUAUGGAAAGUGAAAUUGAUAAAAUGGCUACAACAUUUCUUGAUCAAAUUGGUUUACAAGGUUCAAAAACAACAGCAACAAUCAAAGGACUUUCUUUGGCAUUUUUGGGUUUAUUAUGUAAAUGUUUUCCAGAACAUAUGCGAAAAUAUUCAGAUCCACUUUUACUUGGACAAAUUUUAAAAUAUUUACAUGAACAUCUCGUUCGAGAUGUUGUUAAAUUUGAAAUGUUAAUUGCUGCUGGUGCUAUGGAAGGUCUUAUUUAUUAUCUUGUUAAUUUUGUUCCAUCAUCAAUUCCAGUUCAACAAUCAACAUUAAAUCGAAAUAAAACAAAAGAAGAUGAAAAACGUAUAAAAGAAGAACAAAUACGAUGUGAAUCAGAUUUAAAACGUGUUUAUAUAUAUGCAUCACGUGCUAUACAAACACAAGAUCAAACUAAUUUAAAUCGAUACGCAUUGGUUAAAGCUGGUCUUGAAUUAUUUGCUCAACAUUCAACUUUAUUUACUGAAUAUCUUUAUGAUGAUUAUCCUGAAAUACUUCGUUGUCUACGUGCAUGGAAUGCACAUGAUAAUUAUGAUGUCAAAAAAAUUGCUCAACGUGCAUAUGAUACUUUUUUACUUGGAGUUGCUAAUGCUUUAAAAGAAUCGAAUGUUAAAACACCAGAACAACGUCGUCGUGCUGUAUAUACAUUUCAAUAUUUUAUUAAAGAAUUUCGAGAUAAAAUUGAUUCACCUGAAUUAGAAAUUCGUGAUUUAGCUAUGGGUAUUCGUGGUUAUGGAAUUUUUGCAAAUGCUUGUAAACUUUAUGGUACAGAAGAUGAUGUUAAAUUUAUGUUUGUUGGUUUAAUUCAACGAUGUGAACAAAUAGCUAUGCCAACAAUAACAUUAUCUCAAGCAAGUGAUGUAUUUGAUGAACGUUUUUAUGCAUUACCAAAUUUACUCGAUGCACUUUCUGCAAUUAUUAUUGAAAUGACAAAUAUUGGUGAAGAAUUUCUUGGUCCACUUGAACGUUUAACUGUAAUGACAAUUGAUUAUUAUCCACGUUAUCAACCAAAACCACAAGCAACAACAUGUUCAUCUGUUAUUAAAAUGAUUUUAGCUUUACAAACAAAACCAACAUCUUAUAAACCAUUUUUAACACGAAUUGUUAGUCAAGCAAUAAUACGUUGUUGUUCACAUCCAUUAAAAUCAACAGUUGAACAACAAAUAGAAAAUAUUGAACCAGAUGUAUCAGACGAACAAGCUAAAUCUUUAUUAGCUAUUGGAAAAACAAUAACUUAUGAAAAUUAUAUACCAUUAUGGAAAACAAUUUUAAAUGUAACAUCAUUAAAAGAAUUUGAUACAAGUACAUAUCCAAUAUUUGAUCGACAAAAUAUGCUUGUUUCAUUAUAUGAUGAAAUGAUUGACUCAAUAUUACAUAUUAUUGAUCGACUUGAUUUAAGUGUUGAUAAAGAAAAAACAGAAGAUGAAAAUGAUGAUGGUACAACAACAACGGAUCCAGUUUUUGGAAUGAGACCUGUUAAACCAAAAGAUUUUGAAAUAUUUUAUAAUCUUGUCGAUUUUUGUCAAGAUUUAUUACCUGAACAAUCACCAGAUUUAUUUCAAAAAUGGAUAUUUCGAUUUUUAUAUGAAAUUAUUACUGCUUCAACAAAAUAUCCAUUAGUUAGUGGAAUGUAUCGAUUUGUUACAUUAGUUAUGAAUAUAUGUUUAAAAUUAAAUUUUUUCAAAUCUGAUCGAAUAAUACCAACAACUCGUGGUGGUAUUGAAAUGAUGGAUAUAGAUAUAAAUGAAAAUGAACAAGUUUUAUCAGUUUGUACAUUAGUUCGACGUUUUGCACAUGAAGUAUUAUCACGUCAAAAACAAUAUCGUGAUGAUUUACUUAUAUCAUGUUUACAAUUUCUUAUAUCAUUACCAUCUGAAUGUAUUGAUUAUGAUUUUGCUGAUUAUGUACCAGCUAUUCAACUUGCUUUAAGUAUUGGUUUAACUUAUUUACCAUUAGCUGAACAAACAAUAAAUAGUCUUGAACGAUGGUCACAAUCAACAGCAUUAAAUUUAUCGAAUUUUUAUGAUCAAAUAUUACCUUAUUUAGAUGAUUUUCUACGUUUAUCUCAUGAUCAAGGUGAAGAUGUUAAUGUUCGUGCUAUAAUAUCAUCUCUACAAGAAAAAACACGUUUGAAUUCUAAAACUAAACAUGUCUUACCAACAAGAAUGCUUAAAAAAGCAAAACAAAUUAAACAUCUUUUCGAAGAUAGUGAUAUUCGCCGAGUUCAAUUUCGUAUUUUAAAAUAUCUUGGUUCAAUAGGCAAUCGUACAAAUCAUUAUCUUAUUGAUAAUACUUCAAAUUAUUUAAUCAAAGAAGCUGUAGCAUGGGAUAAUGAAAAUCAUUUAACAUUUAAUGUUCCAUUUGAUGAUAUUAAACCAACAAUACAUCUUGAUACUUUUCUACCUCGUAUUAUCGAUUUAGCAUUACAUAGUAGUGAUCGUCAAACAAAAAUAACAGCUUGUGAAUUACUUCAAUCAAUAAUGCUUUAUAUGAUUGGAAAAAGUGCAAAUAAUCGAAGCAAUGCAGCAGCUUCUUAUGAAAAACUUUAUGCUCGUUUAUUUCCAGCUGUACUUGAACUUUCCUGUGAUUCUGAUACUUUUACAAAAACACUUUUUACUACAUUUAUGAUUCAAAUGAUACAUUGGUUUACUAAAAAUCACAAUUAUGAAAAUCCUGAAACAAUGUCAAUGCUUGAUACAUUUAUGGAUGGUAUGAUAUCCGGACGUAAUGCAUCCAUACGUGAUUUUAGUGGUGUUUGUUUAAAAGAAUUUCUUAAAUGGGCUGUUAAACAUGCUGGUGGUUUUGAUAAACCUGCUUAUUUAAAAAAUGCAACAUCAAUUCUUAAACGUAUUAUUAGUUUUUCAAUGCAUCCAAAUAGUUUUAAAAGACUUGGUUCAACAUUAGCAUGGAAUUCAAUUUAUACACUAUAUCGUGAAUCAGAAACAUUAAUAGAUGUUUAUACACUUCAAUUACUUUAUGUAUUUGUUGAAAGUUUAGCUAUUGCUCAAGGAGAUGAUUCAUCUCUUGGUACUCAACAGCAAGCAAUAGGUGCUUUAUCACAUGUACAAAGAAUCAUAAAAGAAAAAUCCCAAGUAUUUAUUAAAGAAACAUCUAAACGACAUCGUCCACCAUCAUGGACUGAUGCAACACUUGAUGUUGCUGUUCGAUGGUUACUUCGACAAUGUGGAAGAAUUGAAACUGAAGCAAGACGAAAAUGUAUUGAACUUGUUUGUACAUUUAUUCCAUUAUUACCAGGAAUUCGAUCGAUUAGAGAAUAUUUUGAAUUAAAAGUAAAAUCAGAUGGAAAUGCUUAUUUUAUUGAACGAUUUGAAGGAACAUUAAGUAAAGAAAAGAAAACAAAAUUUAAAGCUAAUUUAGCUAAUCAAAUAUGUUUAACUGAUAUGAGUGAACAAUUUUCAGUUGCAAUAGUUUAUCAAUGGCUUGAUACUGUUAUUGCUUCAUUAGAUUGUUAUACUUGGGUAUUUUCACAAGGUUUUCUUAAUCCUGUUCUAUUUCAAGACAACAAUCAACAAAGUCGUUUAAUUAUUGCAUUAUCAUAUUUUAUACCAAAAAUUUCAAUGAAUACAUUGUAUGAUAUAGUUAAUUAUUUUCCAUCAUCGAAUCAAACACAUGUAUUUACACCGACUGAUAUUAGUCAAUUUGAUACAGCGAAAUGUACAGUUAUUGUUCGUUUAUUGAAUUUUAUUACAGCACUUUGGUCUAAAUAUCCACAAGAUACAAUGCGAGCUAUUGAUAAUUCAUUUUAUAAUAAUGAUUUAACAAAAUUAAUUUUAACUUGUGUAUUUAAUCCAACACAAUUAGGAUUUGAUAUAAAUAAUGAAGAAAUUAAUAAGAAAUUACCUGAAAGAAUUCUUAUUUUACUUAAAUCAAUGACAACUCAUCUACCUGAUAAAUUAUUACAAUCAUUCUAUGAUAUUGCAUUAGAAAUGACAAAAACUGAUGGACUUUACAAUUUAACCAAAGAAUUAAAUCAAAAUCCAAUUCAUUGGGCAUUAAUAUUUACUAUAACUCGUGGACAUCGUCUCUUACAUGAUGUUCGAUUACUACCUAAACCUGAUGAACCUGAAGAAUAUGCAAAAGAAUUAUGGACAACAAUGCUAUCGAAAAUGAUUAAUCAUGAAGAAGAUUUCGAUAAAGCAAAUUUUGUUUUAACUGUCGAUACUCAACGUGGUUUACAAUCUCUAUUGGAUUAUAUUAUUUACUUAGGCAUUAAGCCUAAUCAAGUUUUACCAUAUUUUUUUCAAUCAAAUCGUAUACAUACAGAUUCUGGUAUGACAACAAUUGGUACAUAUUUAUUAACAUUAUUUAAACAUCAAGUAACAAGUUGGCUUGGUAUAACACCACAUUUUAUAAUUGAUAAUGUUGGUGGAAUAAAUUCUGUUGAACAAUGUCGUCCAAUUGUUGCAUUUUUAAGUACUGUUCUUGAUUUAUGUAGUCGUGAAAAAGAUAUUCGUCAACAUUAUGGUUCACAAUUUAUUUAUGGUAUAUAUACAUGUUGGCCACAAUUUUCUUCACUUUAUUAUUCAACAAAUAUUGAUGAUAAAUUAUUAAUUGUAACAUUAUUAACAAAAACAUUUAUAAUUGAUAGUCAUCAAUUAAUAUUACAUGAACAAUUUGAUAAUAUAUCACAAAUGUAUUUAUUAUUAUUAAUUGAUAAACAAUUAAAUUUAACAUUUAAAAUACGUUUACUUGAUUUAUUAGCAUUUUUUGCAUCAAUUGAUACAGAUGAAAAUUUAAAUGAAGAUAAACGUCAAAAAUGGUCAAAUGAUCUUUGUCGUACAUUAAGACAAUUUACAGCUGAUUGUUUUCCAUUAAAAAGUACAGAAUUUUCCAUAGGUACACAAGAAUAUCAUGAAUAUCAAGCAGCUAUAAGAAAAAUUCUUUCAGCACUUGAAUUAUCAUCAUCAUUUAUAUUAUUUGAAUUAUUAAUAUGGAUGUUAUGUUGUGAACAACAUCAUAUAUUUGAAGAAGAAAUUUUAUUAUCAAUAAGUCGUUAUGUUAUUAAUUUAAAUAAUCAUAUUAAACAAUCAAAUUUACUUGAUUAUAUUUAUUCAAUAAUAUAUGGUAAAAAUUCAUUAUUUCGUACUGAACAUCGUUUAAAUGCAUUAGAAAAAUUAAUAUUAAAAAUUUUAACAUCUGUACGUAAAAUAACAUUAAUUGAAUUUUAUAAAAAAUAUAUAUGUACAUUAGUUAUUGAUGAACUUGAUGCUAAACUUGAUUUAACAUCACAAACAUUAAUAUCAAUGUUAAUAAAUAAAGUUUGUACAUAUCGUUUAGUUGAUCAUAUGUAUACAAUAUUAAAUAAAGAUGAUAUAUUUGGUAUAAAUUCUUCUAUUGCAAAAGUUUUUUAUGAACAUUUAAAAAAACAAGAAGAAGCACGAAAAUUUUUAAAUGUUGAAAUACCAAUAACAGCUAUUAAAUUUGGACAAACAUUUGAUGGUAAAGAAUUAACUAAACAUAUUAUUACACGUGCACGUGCACAAUUUGUUGAUGGAAGAUUAAUGAAAUCUAUGGAUGUUAUGUUAGCUGGAAUAAAUACAAAUGAAAAACAAAUUAAAUUACAUUUAACACGUUCAUUAGCAACAGGUUCAUUUAAUUGUCUUAUUUCAUUACUUAUUUGUACACAAACAGAAGCUAAACUUUAUAAAGCUUUUAUUUUUGAUGCUAAUCCAGCUAAGGUAAAAUCAUAUGUUUCAAAGAGAAUAAACUAUGUACGCAAAUAG